AUGUUUGGUAGGACGAACAUUUCUGUUUCCCGGAAGCUGAGCCUCUCAUCCACCAUUAGAAAUAAGGAUGUUUUCAUUGUUGGAGCAGCUCGCACCCCUAUCGGCUCAUUCCGAUCCCAGCUUGCAACUAUUUCUUCUCCAGAGCUGGGAAGUGUUGCUAUAAAAGCCGCUGUGGAAAGAAGCGGUUUGAAACCAGAAGAAGUUAGAGAGGUGUAUAUGGGGCAGGUUUGUCAAGCUAAUGUUGGCCAGGCACCUGCUCGACAAGCUUCCCUUGCCGCUGGUCUUCAUACUUCAACGGUUUGUACAACGGUCAAUAAAGUGUGUUCAUCAGGUCUUAAGGCGAUUAUGCUUGCUGCUCAACAAAUUCAAAUAGGAAAUCAAAAUGUUGUCAUUGGUGGUGGAAUGGAAAGUAUGUCUCAAGUUCCUUUUUAUCUGGAUCGCGGCGAUACUACAUACGGAGGAAUACGCUUGAUAGAUGGAAUAGUGAAAGAUGGGCUCACGGAUGCUUACGAUAAGUGUCACAUGGGUAAUUGUGGAGAGAAGACUGCUAGAGAACUUGUAAUCAGCAGAGAUAUGCAAGAUGAGUACGCUAUUGGAAGUUACAGAAAGGCUGCUGCUGCGUGGAAGAGUGGUAUCAUGAACGCCGAGGUCGUGCCAGUAACAGUGAAAACUCGUAAAGGAACAUUUUCAGUUGAUAUGGACGAAGAGUUUUCAAAGGUAAAUUUCGACAAGAUGAAGCUGCUCAAAGCUGUUUUCCAGAAAGAUGGCACGGUAACGGCCGGUAAUGCCUCGACGUUAAAUGAUGGGGCAGCCGCUGUGCUACUCGCUAGUGAGCAAGCUCUGAAAGAACACAACGCGAAACCGGCUGCUAGAAUAGUAGCAUACGCAGAUGCUGCCACACAUCCACUUGACUUUGCAGUUGCCCCCCCACUUCUUGUGCCGAAGAUGUUACGAGCUGCUGGCUUAAAAAUGACGGAAAUUGACCAGUGGGAGGUGAACGAGGCAUUCUCGGUCGUAGCCUUAGCGUUCAUCAAACAAGUUGGAUGCGACCCAGAGAGGGUUAACCCACACGGAGGAGCUGUUUCUCUUGGACAUCCUAUUGGAAUGUCUGGCGCUCGUCUUAUCACCCAUCUAGUGCACUCACUGAAGUCCGGUCAAAGGGGGCUCGCUGCAAUUUGCAAUGGUGGAGGCGGCGCUAGUGGGAUGAUAAUAGAAAAGCUCUAA